AUGAAUGUACACAAACUUUGGGAGUACAGAGAGUACGUUAAUAUAAAUGGUAUGAUGCUGACCAGCGAGCUGAUCUCAUUAUUGCAGAACUCUUUGACUUUACUGCAAAUCGAGAAUCACUUCACCCACGUCCAAUACUGGGGGCAACUGUACGCCAUCGAUGCAGACUAUCACAUCGCCUGCGGCAUCACAGGCGACGCUAUCGCAGACCGCAAAUACUUCUACACCACAGACUUCAAGUUCUGGGGUUUACUCCCUAAACCAAAGAGAAAAUACAAACUCCUUUCUUUGAUCACCACCUUCCCUUUUCGUGGCGAUCCAGCCCUGAAAAUUAAAGUUUUGGACGAAGCCCUGGAAGACAACCAUCCGGACAAAUGUCGCCUAAUGAAGGAAGAGAGCCGCUUAGCCGCUACCAUUAGUAACAUCUCUGACGAAGCCGAGAUCUGUGCUAGAGGGCAGCUGAUUCAACAGCCGGAUGGCUGCGUAGUUAUCAAUCCGAACUAUUAUGGUCUGACAGCCCCCGAAGCGAAACUUUUGAAGUCUUACUUGCACAUAAGGCAGCCGCAGCAGCGUUGGAACACUAAUCUUUUAACCCGUCAAGACUACAACUAUAGCAUGGAUUUCCUCGACUCUAUUGACCAGGAUAUUCCGAGUGGUUGCUGGAGUUUAUCCUUAGAGAAGAGUGGUAGCGUAGCUUAUCUGAGGAGUUUGUAUUGGCCUGGAAUGACCUUUUUCCAUAAAGUAAGAACCCCCGAUGCUGGGUUCCUCUACGUUGGUAAUGGACGAAAAAAUAUGGAUGUGCCAUUCCUUCUUUAAUUUUUGCUUUUUCUAUGAUUUUCAUAAAAUGUCUCAAGAAAUUAAAAAUAUUUCGUUUAGAAAAUGUUAUUCUUAUCACCGAUUUUAUUCAGUCGUUAUUAUAUAUUUUUGCAUUUUCCUUAUACCUAUAGCUCUAUAUGUCCUGUGGCUAUAAAAAUUAUAAUAACGAAAGUUCAACAAGGUGGAAUGGUGUUUUCUUCCUCCCUUAAAUUUUAAUCCGAAUUUUCGUACAUUUUGAAUAUAUUUUGAAGUCAUUGCGAUUAACUGUGGUCAUAUUAGCAGUUUUGAAAUGAAUUUGUUCGGCAGUUAUAUUUAAUUUUACAGAUACUCUAAAUAAAAUUGAAAAUUAUCAAAAUAUUUUUCUCAAUUAAAUUAAUGAUUAAUAUAUAAAAAAAUAAAUAUAAAUAGAAUACCUAUUUAAUAUAACUUAAAAUAAGUACACACGUCUGCACGUCAGGCAACCACAACAUGUCAAAUUUUUAAACGGUACAGUGAAUUAAGAUUUAAUAUCAAGUGGAGAAAUUUGGCAGUUUUCUAUAGCCUGUAAUUGUUAUAGCCUGUAAGUUCUGUUAACCGUACAGUCCAGAGGUACAGUCAGAGUACAAAGAGUAAGUGCUAUUCAUGCAUACGCACCGAAAAUAGUUUGUAUGUGAGCGCGCCCGUGCGUAUGCGUUGUCUCACGCACACACAAAUUAUCGAAGUUAUAGAAGUUCAAGGCACGAGUGGCAACUCAUGCAUGCUUCGGUUGUAGUAUAUGGCUGUAUAAAAGGAUGCCUUUGUGUAUUUUGAGGUUUGAUGUAUAAAAAUAACAAGAAUGUCUCUCUCUCUCGCUCUCUCUCUCUCUCUCUCUCUCUCUCUCUCUCUCUCUCUCUCUCUCUCUCUCUCUCUUGUAAUGGUGGAUCUUAAAAUAAAGUGUUCCUCAAGUCAAGUCACAAAUACAACAUCCGUAUAUUUCGCGUCACUGUAUUGCCGCUAGUUAUAAAAUUUCUGGACGUAAACAAGAUGAAAAAUAAACCAAAAUAUUAUAUAUGCAUUUAUAAAUUGAGUAUGUAUAUGGUACUUCACAUGUUUAUAAAUCAAGUAUAUGGUAUUUCGUUCUUUAGGUGUUUGGAUAAUUAUAAUAUCAUAAGUA